UCUGCCCAUUAUACAGACGUGACGUCUUUAAUCACGUCUGACUGUAUCUGACUGUUAAUACUUUGGUUCCUCAUUUCAUAUUUAUUUUGUUACUAUUAUUGGUUUCCAAUUUUUAACGUGUACGUGUUUACAUUUGCCUGCCAUUUCUUCAAAUUGCUUCGAAGAACGUUUUCAAGCAUAAAAGAAUGUCAUCGCCAUGGGCCAAGAUUGAACCAAUCGAGGGACCUACAAAUUUUCUCGACAUAACUUCCGAACAACUCGCUCAAGAUCUUGAAGAAAAAGAACUACGAAAACUAAAGAUAUCGACAACAGAAGAGGUUGUUCAAGAAGAAUGUGGAUUGUUUGAAACGGAUGGCACUGAUAGCGAUGGAGUUAUCGCCCAUCUGUUACAGGCUCAAUUUAAUCAUGAACACGAUGUAAUGCUGAAACGUUCAGAGGAAAAGUUUAAUGGCAACUCGAAAGUUGGUAUCUCUUACUGUAAUUAUCGUGCUUCUCUCGUGCCAGACUUCGAAGAGAAAAAGCCUGACUUAGACGACAGAACCAGAGACUUUGACCGUUUUGUGCAAGUGGAGAAAGAAUAUGCUACAAUGCCACGGUGCGGUUACAAAAAAGUAGGAGAGGGUUCUGAAAUAGUUACAAAGCAUGACUUACUUAUGUCUUCAAGAAUCAAUGCCUGCAGAGUUUUGGAAUUUCCACCUGGCAUUCAGACUGGUGAUACGGGUGGCUUCGAUGUCAAAUUAAACAACAAAGUUUUUAACAGUUUACGUGCUCACAGCCAUGCACAUUGUUCCCGAGAAAAGUCAAAGUUCAGACCACGAGCUAAAAAAGCUGAAAGCAAAACAACUGUGUAAGAUAUAACGAUUGUUCUGCCAGUUAUAACGGUCAUCCCUUGUCACUGAAACGUGAGAAAUUGGAUAAUGAUGGCAUGAAUCAUGCUUUAAUUAGAUUAAACAUUUAAUUUAUUCUGUACAAUCAAAGGAGCAAGUAAAUAUCUAUAAAAACA